CGUUCGUCUCGAGCAAUGCAGAAUCCAAACAGCUACUACGUGGUGCCUCAAUGUGAUGGGCGAGUAUGGGCGGAUUGGCAGCAAUCAGGGAGGGAUCGAAACUACUCUUGUGCCAGUAGCUCCUCGAUGACACUUGGGGAAGGAUCGGCAUCAUCUUCGCGCCGCAGCCGAAUGAAAGACGUCACACAAUGCGAUGCUAUCCCCAUCUCCUACACCUUGACCCCACCCACGCCCUCGACCACGGAUAGCGAUGCCUCCUCAUCCCAGAUAUCGAUGGAGUCCAUACCGGAAUACGACGAAUAUCCAGAGAUACCCUUUGUCUCCGCGGCGAUCAGCAGCCCCGAUAGGUGGAUGUCCGCCGAUCGUCCCGCCGAAAGCGUGCGCGCAGACACCGUCAUCUCGCCCACGUCGUUCUGGGCAGGGAUCAUCGGCCUACGCCCCACCGCGUCCAAGUCCUCGACCGACACCAGCACCAGCACCAGCGGCAGCUCCCCCGUCCUCGCCCACACCUCCGAGCGUCUCUUCGCGCCCUCGCGCGCGUCCCGCAAGCGCGCGGGCUCCGUGUCGUCCAUCGCGUCGUCGCGCACGCGGCCCGCCCCCGCGAAGUCCAUCCUCUCCUCGGGCGCGUCCGUGAAGACGCGGCGGCGGAAGGCGCCCUCGGUCAAGUUCCUCGACGCACCCACGAUCCACUACGACGAUGACGAGCAUGACGACUGCUAUUACGACGACGACGACGAGCACGAGCCGAGCUCGUGCAUGUCCCCGCCCCCGCCGAAGAAGGCCAGGGGCCUCUCCGGCUUCUUCUCGUUCAAGUGGCUCUUCGGGUCCUCCUCCGAGCCCGCAGCAUCUCCCUCCUCUUCGCCUUCCAAGGCUGCGCCGAAGAAGACGCACGCGAGGCUGGUGCGCGCGAGCCGGCCCGGAACGCCGAUGGCGGCGCAGGCAGCGCGGCCCGCGAUCUCAGGCCCGUUCCCGCUGUGGGACUCGACCCCGCGGCGCGUCGGCGCAGGAGCCGGGGACGGCGCGGGGAGCCUGCGGUCGACGAAGUCGAGCGCGAGCUUGCGGUCCGUGCGGUCGUGCGGCAGCAGGCUGCCGACGCCGACGUAUUGGCCGAGGUAGCCACAGGCGCAGGCAGCGGGUCUGUCCUGCCUCGCGCGCUACUUCCGCUACUCGGCGUGCUGCGGACUUCUUGCGGACUUGUGCUCUCCGAGGAGACGCGCUCGUUGCGUGGCCCGCCUCUUCAUUCCGUUCCCGUCCCUGCGCCUCCUCAUCGCCAUCUCAUCCCGAUCACCACCAUUCCCCGUCCAUCGCACCCCGUCCUCCACAGGCAACGUUGGGCCCCUCGAGUGAUCAACGAGGGGCCCGCGCAUGCCUCCCGGAUACCUCCCCCCUCCACCCGUCCACCCUCGCAGCGAUUUGACAUCGCGGACGCCCCCCCUAUGCUUGCGUUAUGCACUAUGAUGGAAACUAGUUGUCUGUACCGGCGGUGGGUGUGCUGUCGCGCGUCAGGUGUACUGCGUACAUGGCGAUCGCGUCGACCGCUGCGUCCGCUUGUGGUAUCGUCGUUCGUGCAUAUGCAUGC